GAUGCAGCCCCGAGGCUUCCUCCUCCUCGCCCUGCUCGCCCUGCUGGCGCUGCCCUCCACGGCGGCCAAAAAGAAAGACAAGGGCAAGAAGGGCGGCGCGGGCGGCGAGUGCGCCGAGUGGACCUGGGGCCCCUGCGUCCCCAGCAGCAAGGACUGCGGCGCGGGCUUCCGCGAGGGCGCCUGCGGGGCGCAGACGCAGCGCCUCCGCUGCCGGGUGCCCUGCAACUGGAAGAAGGAGUUCGGAGCCGACUGCAAGUACAAGUUCGAGAGCUGGGGGCCGUGCGAUGGGGGCACCGGCACCAGAGCGCGCCAGGGCACCCUGAAGAAGGCGCGCUACAACGCCCAGUGCCAGGAGACCAUCCGCGUGACCAAGCCCUGCACUCCCAAGACCAAAGCCAAGGCCAAAGCCAAGAAAGGGAAGGGAAAGGACUGAGCCAGGCUGUGAUAGCCUGGCCGCCCCCGCCUUCCCGCAGGCCCAGGACACCGCCCACCAGUGCCUUUGCUCCACAGCUUUAUCAAUCACCCUGCCCUGCACCCCGCCCACCCCAAAGCCCAGAGCAGGCCAAGGGAUUCUGGAACUCGCCACCCCCCCAGGGUUUUCGAUUCCCAGUCCCCCCGUGGUCCUUUUGCACCAUGCUCCUUGUUACCAAGAAAUGAAUAAAAUGAACCAACUUCUUUCCCAAUAAAA